CUGGCGGGAGCCGCCUGCAGGCAGCGGCGCUCGCAGCCUGGCCGGGGCCGUGUGGGCAUGGGCGGCUCGGCGCGGCGCCGGGGGAGAUGAGCCUGGGAGCCCCCCACCAUGGGCACGGCCGUCUCCAAGCGCCGCGCCCUUCGGAACGAGGCGGUGGCGUCGGUGGCGGCCAAAGUCAGAGCGGCACGGGCCUUUGGAGACUACCUGUCCCAAAACCAUCCUGAGGGCAGGAAUGGCUCAGAUCACCUGUUGGCCGAAUCCUACGUGGGUCCAGAAGACUCUCCAGAGAUGCACCAGGCUGCCCAGAACAAGCGCCGACUGUCACUCAUUUCUGAUGGCAAGUUUGAAAGGAGCUACUCGGAGGAGCGUGGGGAGAAGCUAACAGGAGAGGGCCCUAAGCCCCGCGUUUACACCAUCUCUGGCGAGCGGCCCAUGCUGUCGCAGCACCAAAGCGAGAGUAUGGAGCUGGUGGUCAUCAAAGGACCUGAGACUGAAGAGGAAGAGGAGGAGUGCUCCCAGGGACAGCCCUUGCAGAAUGCUGGCAGCUCCCAUAACAUUAGCAGGCAUUGCAAAGAUGGCUGGACCAGCAAUCGGCAGGUCUCUAAGGAGUGUCCUGGCUGUGCCCAGUUGACUUCUCCUUCGCAACAUACCUUUGAUCUGGAGCAUCAUCACCAUCACCACCAGACUGGUGAGGCCAGCUGGCGCCGGAAAAAGUUGGAGAGGAUGUACAGCAUUGACCGUGUGUCCGAGGACAUCCCAAUCAGGACCUGGUUUCCCAAAGAGAACCUGUUCACUUUCCAAACAGCUACAACAACUAUGCAAGCCAUCUCGGCAUUCAGGGGCUACGCAGAGAGGAAGAGGCGGAAGCGGGAAAAUGAUUCUGCAGCUCUGAUCCAGAGAAAUUUCAGGAAGCACCUGCGCAUGGUGGGGAGCCGUCGCAUGAAGGCACAGAGUGAGUGCGGGAACUUCAGAGCAUUUGCCGAGCGGCGAGAAAGGAGCUUCAGCCGGUCCUGGAGCGACCCGACUCCCAUUAAGCCUGAAAACCUCAAUGACUCCCGAGAAAGCCAUGACCUCCAGGACUCCUGCUGCGCACUUGAUAAGAGUGUUGACUCGAACUGGACGGCAGAGAAGGAGCUUGAAGCUGCAGCUUGCAGUGGGGAGGACUUCAUCCCACCCAAAAUCAUGCUUAUUUCCUCCAAGGUUCCCAAAGCAGAAUAUGUUCCAACAAUCAUCCGCCGAGACGACCCAUCCAUCAUACCCAUUCUCUAUGAUCAUGAGCAUGCUACUUUUGAUGACAUUUUGGAGGAAAUUGAGAAGAAGUUGAAUAUCUAUCGGAAGGGCUGCAAAAUUUGGAAGAUGCUGAUUUUCUGCCAGGGUGGCCCAGGUCACUUGUACCUUCUGAAGAACAAAGUCGCCACUUUUGCAAAAGUGGAGAAGGAGGAAGACAUGAUCCAUUUCUGGAAGCGGCUGGGCCAUCUGAUGAGCAAAUUGAACCCUGAGCCAAAUGUCAUUCACUUCAUGGGGUGCUACGUACUUGGAAACCAUAAUGGAGAGAAGCUUUUCCAAAAUUUGAAAAAUUUAAUGAGUCCCUGCCGAGUUACCUUUGAAUCUCCACUAGAACUCUCUGCUCAAGGGAAGCAAAUGAUCGAAACUUAUUUUGAUUUCCGCCUUUAUCGCCUUUGGAAGACCCGCCAGCACUCCAAACUGCUGGACUAUGACGACAUCUUAUGAGGGCAGCCAGAAAUCACCCAAGAGUGGUUGGGUUCAGCAGAGUCCAAGUGGCUGAGCUUCAUGCUGAGAGACCUUUUCCACAGGCACCGGAGAGGCCUUUGGAGCCCCUUGGUGGUGGCUGUGCCACUGCAGAGCUAGAAGGGAACAUUGCUGGGACACCAAGAGCUUUGGAGAGGUUGGCUUGCUACUGCAACUGGGCAGAGCAGCAUGUAUGCCUGUUGGAGGGAGCACUGGAGUGGGCCAGGAUGGAACUGAGCUGAUUUACUUCACAAAGGGCCAAACUCAUCUGCAGGUCCUUUUUAAAAGACACUUAAAGCUCAGGUUUUCUUAACUACAAAGAACUCAAAUGACAAUCUUUUUCUUUGCGCUACUUAAUAAAGGGGGAGCAUCCGUGUGCAACAUCCUCUUGUUUUUCAUGCGCAGCCGCCUCUAUUUUGGAGGCAAGGAACGCCAUACUCAACCCUGCGUGCUUUCAGCUGCCAGGUCCAAAGCCUUCGCAUCGAUCAGAGGAAAUUCAGACUUUAAAAAUCUCGCUCAUUUUAAUAGGGGGAAAAAAGUGCAAUUUUUAUAUGAAUAGAAGGAAUAUUUAAUUAGUUAUCGACGUAAACACACAUCAGUAAUCAAUAGAGGAAAUAUUUUUGGUCUGCUUGAAAAUAUAUUUGAAAUAGUAAUAUAUCUUCUGUAGACAUAUAUAUGUGUGUGCACGCGUGCGUGUGUGUAUAUUUAUAUAUACAUGUAAUCACCAGCAGGAUUGGUAUUUCACAUGCUAAUUCGCAGACCUGCAUGUCUGCAGUUUUGAUUUGGAUUCCAAUCUAGCUUGGGAGGACACUUUAACUGUAGGUUCCCUUAAGGAGAUUGUUCCUAUGUUGGAAGAACAAUCCACAUUCUUAUCUGCUGCUUGGCAAAACUAGAGUUUUGUCUUAACAUUUUUAGUUUUAGAAAUAUGGCAACAUAGCCAAAAGAAAUCUCAGUCUGUUUUCAUGAAUAUAUAUAACAACCAACUAGAAGUGAAUAGCCAUGUUAACGGACGUUUACUGAUUUUGAUCUUGCUGGUUUUUUUGGAGUUAAAGUGAGGGGAAUCUGAAAGACGGGUGUUAAUUUUUUGGCUGCUAUAGGGAGCUGGGUACAUUAGCUAUGGCGGCUUAAUGUCAGAGGGAAAGUCCUCCAUGUGUAGUGCUGAAGCAAUGAAGAGAGUUGUGACUUCCCCACAUACCCUUUUCUUGUGUUGGCACGGAAAAGUUGCCCGUGAUCUAUUUGACGGGAAGAUUUGCCAGUGAACUUUGCUCAUUCCAGAAAAAGCAAGUGUGUGGUUGUGGUCUGUGUGUGAUUGUAGCUGGAUGAUCCAGAUCUGUGCUUAACACUUUUUGAGGAGAUAUUUUGAGAUAGGUACAUUGGGUGGGUUUUUUUGUUUUGUUUUGUAGUCACCUUCCUGUUCAGGUGACAUGAAUAUCCGUGGAGGCUGUGCUCUCCUAGACAGAUGUACUCUUUCUGGUUGUUUGGGGUGGGAAUUUGCUGUUUGUUCUUGACAAAAAAAAGGUGAAAUGUUUGGGAAACAAAUCUGGAGGUUUCCCUGUAUUCUUAGUUUUCUGAGAAGAUUGUGAAGUGAAAACAAGUAUACAUUAUGAAUCUUCUUUGUGUUAAAGUGACAGACCCACUAUAUCAAAAUCCAUAACCAUGGUCCCUUCAUUGUGCUAAUGCUUUUCAUACUUUCUUGCUGUUUGUACCAUAGAUAGCCAGCCCACCAGCACUGACUGCUGAACAUUAACACUUUCAUUGUCUGUUUCUGUGCCACAAACCUUGCCUGAGCUUCUAAAUCAGUGUGGGGUGAGAAUUACAAUGAGAUUCAUGAUUUGGCAUACAUAAAUUGUUGUUACUAAAAUUUAACACUUCAUAGUUUACAAUGUUGAUAUUUUGGUCCCCAAAUUCCAAAAUUGUGAAGCUUUUAAAAGCUUUUUUUUUUUGCUUUUGUCAAAACUGUCUUGUUUCAGAAUUAAUCUUCUAGUUUCCAACUGUUUACAUUGUGUCUUUCUCAGUAGCCUUUUAAUCCAACAGCAUUCUUCAUUCAAUAAGCUGACUUAAUUCUUGGUAGGUUGAUAUACAUUUUUGCCACAACACCUGAGUGAAGACCAUUUUAAAAAUUACUCCUUAAAAAUCCACUUCAGCGAGAGGUAAUUGGCAGUCACUUGAAAUAAUAAUGGGAAAUUGUAAUUCUCUGGGCAAUCAGCUUAUUUUGUAAAGCUAACACCUUCCCAUGGAAUGGUUUUGGUAGCUGCUGUCUGUUGCUGGAGGCAAAAGGCUCCAAUGUUUAUUGCAGGCUCAGUUGAGCAAAUAAUUGUACAGAAGAUUUUUAAAUACAAUGUGAUCAAGUGA